AUGAAGCUUCCCGCAUCCUGCUUAUUAGCCUUGCUGGCUAGCAGCUCAGCUCUCAACAUCCCUUCGCACCAUGACGCUCCCUUGACCGUUGAGACAACAUCCGGCGAACUGACAGGCUUUAUCAAUCAGACUGCCCCUUCUGUUCGUCAAUUCCUCGGUGUUCCCUUCGCUGAACCACCAUUGAAGUCCCUUCGCUUCCAACCUCCUCGUCGCGUACACAGCAAGGGUUCAAUCUCAGCCAAGAAGUAUGCGCCAUCAUGCAAACAAGCCAUAAGCAAGGCGCCAACGGUCUAUACUGAGCACAUGACACAGUUCCUGAUCAACGGCGGCGACUCAGAAGAUUGUUUGUAUCUCAACGUCUACGCCCCGUUGAAACCAACUACGAAACGCUUACCUGUCUUCAUCUACAUCCCAGGUGGCGGCUUCACUGGCGGCGGCGCCGACUCGCUUUACAAGAUUCCUGAUAAAUGGAUCCAGAGGACUCAAUCUCACAUCGUCGUCACAAUGAACUAUCGCGUUAAUCUAUUCGGCUUUCCCAAUGCUAAAGAAGCGCACCAGAACGUUGGUUUGCUGGACCAGCGCAUGGUCGUCGAGUGGGUACGCGACAAUGUUGCUGCUUUUGGAGGCGAUCCCCACCAAAUGGUUCUCUGGGGACAGUCUGCUGGUGCGGGAUCAGUAGGAAUGUAUGGAUACGCGUAUCCUAAGGACUUGAUUGUCAAAGGCCUGAUCUCUGACUCCGGAGCGCCGAGUAUGCUGGCCAAGGUGUAUGGUAACCACACCGACUUUGACACUAUUGCUACCAAGGUCGGAUGCAAGACAGGCAACAAGCAGUUGAAGUGUAUGCAGGAGAUUGAUGCUUCAGUUUUGCAAAAGGUUUACUCGGAAACGGCAGGUGUUUCAUUCACACCUGUAGGAGACAAUAUGACAGCCUUUUCCAACACAACCGAUCGCCUUGCCAAAGGUCUUGUCACGAAAGUCCCUUGGAUUUUCGGUAAUAAUGCCAAUGAAGGCGCUGGUUUUGGAGCCUAUAACGAGAGUGGGGUAUCUUCUGCACAGAUUGCUAUUGGUCUGGGUGCAAUUGUUUGUCCUGUUGCCGCAGAAGUCAGUGCUCGUGCUAAAUUUGGAUACCCGACUUAUCGAUACUACUACACUGGAAACUUCUCCAAUAUCUCACCGCUUUCUUGGAUUGGAGCAACACACAGUGCUGAGUUGCCCCUCUUGUUCGGAACCCAUUAUGAAUAUCGUGGCAACUCUACAGAGUACGAGUGGCAAGUCGCAAACGGAAUGCAGAGUCUAUGGCUCUCAUUCGCAAAGAAUCCCAACAAACAUCCGACUGAUGGCAAUGGUGUGACCUGGCCGUUGUACAAGCCUGGCCAGAAGAAGAUGGCCGUCUUUGCAGAGACGGGCAAGAAAUGGUUCCAGCUAGGUGCUGAGAGCCUCACGGAGAACCAAUGUAGCAAGGCAUGA